GCUCCAGCGGGAGCGCGGGGCCCUGCGGACCGUGCGAGAGGCACAGGCGGAAGGAGCGGAGAUGCGGCCGCUCUCCCCGCGCUGCUGAAGCUCCCGGUCACUCGCCCGGAGGGGGGAGGCCGGGAAGGUCCGUCCUUCUCGCUGCUCUGCGGGCGUAAAGGGUGCCGGUGCAGUCCCCUCCUCUUGCUUUUAUCCCAGCCCCGGAGCAGGAGCCGCCGCCGCCCCCUAUCCCUUCCUGCGCUCUUCCCACCAUGAGCGGGGCUGUUUUCACCUUAUAAAGAUGGCGGUGUGGGAUCGCUGCAACCUUUAGACUAAUGACUGUCAGAAACAUCGCCUCCAUCUGUAAUAUGGGCACCAAUGCCUCUGCUCUGGAAAAAGACAUUGGCCCAGAGCAGUUUCCAAUCAAUGAACACUACUUUGGAUUGGUCAAUUUUGGGAACACCUGCUACUGUAACUCCGUGCUGCAGGCAUUGUAUUUUUGCCGGCCAUUUCGGGAAAAUGUAUUAUCAUACAAGGCCCAACAGAAAAAGAAGGAAAACCUCUUGACUUGCCUGGCAGAUCUUUUCCACAGUAUUGCUACUCAGAAGAAAAAAGUUGGAGUUAUUCCACCAAAGAAGUUCAUAUCAAGGUUACGAAAAGAGAACGAUCUCUUUGACAACUAUAUGCAGCAGGAUGCACAUGAGUUUUUAAAUUACCUGCUCAACACCAUUGCAGACAUUUUGCAGGAGGAGAAGAAACAGGAAAAGCAAAAUGGGAAACUGAAAAAUGGCAACAUGAAUGAAGCUGAAGAGAACAAUAAACAAGAACUCACCUGGGUGCAUGAGAUUUUUCAGGGAACACUGACUAACGAAACUAGAUGUUUGAACUGUGAAACCGUUAGUAGCAAAGAUGAAGAUUUUCUUGACCUUUCUGUUGAUGUGGAGCAGAACACAUCGAUUACACACUGUCUAAGAGACUUCAGUAACACAGAGACGCUAUGCAGUGAACAGAAAUACUACUGUGAAACUUGCUGCAGUAAACAAGAGGCACAGAAGAGGAUGAGAGUAAAAAAACUGCCAAUGAUUCUUGCCUUACACCUCAAGAGAUUCAAGUAUAUGGAGCAAUUGCACAGGUACACGAAGCUGUCCUACCGAGUGGUGUUUCCUCUGGAGUUACGGCUCUUCAACACAUCCGGCGAUGCCGUCAACUUGGAUCGCAUGUACGACCUGGUAGCUGUUGUUGUUCACUGUGGAAGUGGACCGAAUCGGGGGCACUACAUUACUAUUGUGAAAAGUCAUGGAUUUUGGCUCUUGUUUGAUGAUGACAUUGUAGAGAAAAUAGAUGCUCAAGCUAUUGAAGAAUUCUAUGGUCUGACCUCUGAUAUAUCAAAAAAUUCAGAGUCUGGCUAUAUUUUAUUCUAUCAGUCAAGAGAGUGACUUGGCAAACUGUGAUAAUUGUGCACAAGGAUGCUGCACACAAAAGAAGGUGAUGGCUCCCCUGAACUGACUUUUACACAGACCACAUCUCAGAUGGCUGAACAACAAUACAGUGUCUCCUAUUCAAUGGUCUAUGUGAUGUUGACUGUAACCGUCCAUUUUUGACAUUCAGAACUUUAUUUUGGGGGGGGUUGUUUGUAGUUUUAAAGUCUGAUUGAAGAGCUAAUUGAAGUCAGAUUUUAGUGGAAUUUAUAUGGACUAACAUUUACAGAUAAUAAGAUUUGGAUGUCAACUGUUAAACCCAAUCCAGCUAGAGUAGUAUUUUAUAUGAAAGUGUUCAUUACAUGUAGGGCAAAAUUAUUUAAAACUUUAGAGAUGGUUUUGGAGUGUGUUGAUUUACAUAGCAUUCCUUUAAUCCUGACAUAUACUUAUCUCUUUUAAGUGUAAGGAAAAAAAUCAAUUUCAUUAUGAUUUGAGUUGUGGUUGUAUAGGGGAUUUUUUUACUCAUUACACUGCUGCAGAAAAGAUAUUCUCCCAAAAUAAUUUCAGUUUGGUUUUUAAAAACUUUCAGUGUGUGACCACAGACCUAAAAUUCACAUUCACAGAGGGAUUUAAAUGACAGUGGAACUGAGUAAUUCUAUAUGCUCAGUCACUUUGUCAUGAGAUAGUACAGAUCAGGUGAGAUUUCAGAACAGAGCACUGGAAUAAAGGGAGUAAGAUCACACAUAUAAUACAGAGGUAAAUUGCUUUUAUAAAGAUUUAUCUUUUUGUUAAAAUGAUAUCAUAGAUUGUUUACUUUGUGUUUGCAAAGAUUGCAACGCUGCUCACAUGUAACAUAUCCAUUAGGACUGAAAUUAUCCAGUCCAUUUAAAUAAGCAUUGUUUGUACAUAAGACACAUCUUGAUCUUGCAAUUUUCUAAAUAUCUGUGGGUCCCAUUUUCAUUUCUCAAGACGGAGUCCAUUUCUUAGAAAAAUAAUAGGUAGCAACCACUAGUGUACACCCUAUCAUGUAUAUAUCAUCCUUAACGUUUUGGUCAUAUUUGACAGAGUUUUGUCACCACAGAAACAGAUAGAGAUCUGGAGUGCUUGAUUUCAAAAUUAGUACAAAAGGCUUAGUUUGUGAUUUUCCUGGGUGAAUUUGGCUGGCGCUUGUCAUGCACUGGCUAAUAAAAUUUCUGAAUUCACCUGAGUACCUGAAUUUGGCAAAGAAUUAAUGUACAAGAAAGUAUCAAUAGGGUUUGAGAAGGGACUGAUAGUGGCUUGAGUCGGUGGUAAUGCUGGUUGACUACCUUGUUCAGUUUAACACUUUCACUCCAUUAAACAAUUCUUGAACUUCAAAAUCCUAUUCCAAUGACAUCAACAGCUAAAACACUCUUCUUGUCUUCAUGGGGACUGACAGUUGGUUCUAGUAUCUACAAG